AUGACAAUUAUAUCUGUAUUUUUAGGAAUUCUACUGGGUCUUCGCCGCUCUGGACCUCACUUAUGGCGCUGCUACAUUGUUACAGCUAUUGGCGAACUUCUUGUUCUAUGCUUCAUCUAUGCCGUGCAUAGGGUGAUUCUAACUACCGGUGUUUCAAUUCCAGCCUCGGUUGUGUGUAUGAUUAUACUUUUUGCUGUACUCCUGCUGCUGGAAAGAGUUGUGGGGACUCGCCGCACUGCUCGCGUGGUUCGCUUUAUAGAUGGUGUAAAUUUACUCCAAGACGCACCAGUUAUUGUGGCAGCCGUGGAACCAGCAACACAACAACAGAUAGUAGGAUCACAACGCGGCUUACCGACUACAGAUACAAUUGAGCUGCGUUCUAUGAACGAGCUGACACCUGUGGAAGAGUCUCCACCAAAGACUCUUGGAUGGUUUGUACGUGUUAAAAAGCACUUAGUAUUUGGUGGUCCCGUAGGGUUUUCUUUACGGUGGAUUAACAUAUGUUUCACGCCUGCAUUUGUUGCGCUACCAUUAUCUGAGCGUGUUUCUAUUGCAGAGGCUUUCCAGAUUGCUGGAGUAUUUGUGUUUGGUUACUUGGUCACACUUGCACUUACAGUUUACUUAGUUUUGGGUUUGCAACGGGUUAUUGGGAAACCUCGCCGGUCGUAUAUGGAAGAUGCUGCGGAAUCAAAUGACGAUGACGACGAAGGAAGUGAUAGAAUCACGACACAUAGUGAACAACAAAUCCAGGAAGGAAUAACCAGUUUAGAAAAUAUUUCAGAAAACACACAUGGUCGUGCUCGUGCAGCUGUGGCCAAAGCUCUAGAUUCAUUACGUCCAGGUAAACCAAAGCAAGUGAAUCGUGCGGUGGAUAAUAAUAAUAAUAAUCAUGAUCAGGAUGAUCAGGAUGACCAGGAUGACCAGGAUGACCAGGAUGACCAGGAUGAAGAUGUUGACGAUAAGGAAAAAGAAGUUGUUAUGCGAGAAUCAGAAUUUGAUGAAGGGCCUUCGACAAUUAAUCCAGUGAAUUCAGUUGAUGGUGAUCUCGGGAUGGCAGCAACCAUGGCAUAUGCAGAAGCAACAAAUGUGGACCAUGCACAUGGUGACAUUGAUAUGAUUCCAGGUCGUCGGUCAAGUUUAGGGAGUGACAUUGGUGAGAAUGAUCAAAUCUCGGAAACUACUAUUACGGCGGUAUCCACAGAAGUGAAUGUGAUUGAAGCAAAACAAAAGUUAAGGGUGGCUCAACUCAUUGUAAUGCGAAUAGACUGGGUUUUUUAUGGAACAAUGCUGGGAGCUGGUGUGAUUGGAUACUGGGCUGCACCAACAUCAUAUGCCAUGCCAGCCCAGUUAGCAGCGCUAGUUUUAUGUUUUCUUACAGCCAUGAGGAUCCCGCAUAAGUACCGUGUUUACUUACAUCCGAUUCUAGUUUCUGCAGCGCUGACAAUUUUAGUAUUAUAUUUGUUUGGAAUAAUCUACACGGCGACGAUUCCUGGGUCUCGUGCUUAUGAUCCGGAGACAGUUGAACAAGUUAUUAAUGAAACAGUGGCUAAUAUUUUAGCUUCAGGAGAAACUUCAACAACAAAUUUGCCAACGUUUGUUGGAUUUUCUAUUCUCGACUCAAGUACUAAUAAAUUACUACCGGUUACAGAGCUUCGUGCACGUAUUACGUCAGCCGUUUUAUCACAUAAAACGUUUGGGUUCACGUCGUUACGGCAAGCGUUAUGGCAAUUUAAAACAGGCCGCAAUUAUUUAACGCUUUUUGACAAACAGGUACAGCAGCCAUUGUUAUACAAUCCUAAAAGACAAGUUUUUGAGCCGGCGCUUCCUGGAGCAGGUGACAUUAUCUCGACAUUGAUGGAUACUAGUAUUGUAGCACUUGCAGUUCCCAUGUACAACUACCGAGGAGAUCUCAAACGAAAUUUUCUGGUAAUUAUGAUUCCAUGUAUAGUCAUUGCACUUGCAUCUUUCUUUGCCUACCCACCACUUUGUUAUGGGGUUGGGAUUCAAAGCACACGCGCACUUUCCUUUGUUGCUCGUAGUGUGACUUUAGCUCUUGCACUUCCUGCAGUAGCAUCGCUUGGUGGGUCCAGUACUCUUGUUGCUGUAGUUGGUAUUUUAAGUGGGAUAGUAGGUGUAAUUAUAGGUGGUUGGUUUGUUAAGCGAGUAUUAAGGGUACGUAGCGAUGAUUAUGUGACAAUUGGUGUGGCCAUGGGAAUUAAUAGUUCAGCAAUUGGGUCGGCACAUUUGUUGGUAACAAAUCCACGUGCCAGUGCACUUUCAUCAUUGAGUUUUUUCGUUUUUGGAACAACAAUAGUUAUUAUGGCAGCUAUUACGCCUUUGGUUAAUGUCAUUAGAGGAUGGGUAGAUUUACAACCUCUGUAA